CAACCAGGAUAAGAGUUAGCUUGGGGACAAACAAUAGCUCUUGAGUGUCGGCCACGUCCAGAAUAUAGGCUCGAAUCGUGACAGUGCAUGCAUGCAUGCGUGCCUAAUUCAAUAAUAGUGACGAUCCAACAACAACAACAACAACAACAAUAAUAUGUGACGUGUUGAAUAAUAUUUUCUACUAGCUAACUUCUCACAACAAAUUAAAAUCUUUAUAAAGGUUACAAUGUUCCUAACAUUUUCUCACCACUUUCUUUCCAAAAAUUAUUGUAAUUGAAUAAAAUAUGGGUGUGAAAGGCAAAUUAAUUGCUUUAGUGGAGGUAAAGUGUGGAGGACACCCGAUUCUUGAUUUUUUUCACAUCCAUACCCAUCAUAUACCUAAUAUAAGUCCUAAUAUUAUCAACCAUUUGGAGAUACACGCAGGUGAAACUGUAAAAGUUGGUUCGAUCGUUAGCUGCAAUUAUAACGAAGCUGGACAAAAGAAGUCUGCUAAGCAAGUAAUUGAAGCCAUCGAUCUUGACAAGAAAUCAAUCACUUGGAAAGUGAUUGAAGGAGAUGUGUUAGAGUCGUAUAGUUCCUUUACUGGUAUCCUAUCUUGUGAACACGAGUGGACAACAUGGACAAUUGAAUACGAAAAGAAAACUGAAGAUAUUCCAGAGCCUCUCAUUCAAUUGGGUCUUCUCCUUGACUUAACCAAGGAUAUAGAGCGUCACCUUUUCAAGAAAUAAAGGAUAUACGAAAAGAAAUAAACGAUAUAUAUCAAUGUGUGUUUGUGUUUGUGUUUGUGUGAUGAUAAUUUGCGAUGUUGGCUAGCUCUAGCUAGCGUGUGGAAUAAAGAAUAUUGUGUGAAGAGUAUAUUAUAAUAUGUCUAUCUCUUUCUACGAAUGUUAUGUAUUUUCAAUGGUCAAUAUAUGUAAAAUAUCAUGCAUUUUGUUAUAA